ACCUUAAAUGUAAACAAAUGUCAAAAAAUAGGGUAAUUAGCAAAAACCGCAAUAAUAGUGAAAAAAUUAUUAGAUUCAUGUAAAAAAAAUCUGUCUCAAGUUUUAAGUUCUUUCAGUGUUUAUCUAUAAUGUGAAGAGAUUAUUCAUCAAACUUGUGUUUCUUUUGCUUAUAUGAUUAUAGUUAGUUCGAAGAUUAGAGGUUAUAUUUUGUGAACGAAUUGGCUGCGCUUUUUGCAUGAAAAUCUAUAGAGCGCAACAAGUUUUCCGCAAUUUAAAUAUUUAAAAUCGUACAAACAAGGAUGGGAUAAAAAUUUGUUGAAGUGAUUGUUCGGGAAAUAUGGAAAAAUACGAAGUUUUGGGUCAAGUUGGUGAAGGUUCUUUUGGGCAAGUUUAUAAAGCGAAAAAACGAUCUGAUGGGGAUAUUGUUGCUUUCAAAGUCAUUAGAAAGAGAGGACGAUCAGCCAAGGAAAUUAAAAGUUUGCGCCAAGAAUGUAAAAUACAACGCAACCUUCAUCAUCCAAAUAUCGUCCAAAUGCUGGAUUCUUUUGAAACUGACAAUGAAAUUGUUGUUGUGACUGAAUAUGCGGACAAGGAACUUUAUGACAUUCUCGGAAAAGCCGGACGAUUAUCGGAAGAAAGGGCACAAGUCAUAGCCUGCGAUCUUGUUUCUGCACUUUAUUAUCUUCAUUCUAACCGUGUUCUGCACAGAGACUUGAAACCCCAAAACGUUCUUCUCGAAUCAAAUGGUAUUGCAAAACUGUGCGAUUUUGGAUUUGCACGCAGUAUGAGUACAGGAACUCAUGUCCUAACAUCCAUAAAGGGAACGCCACUUUAUAUGGCACCAGAAUUAAUCGCAGAAUGUCCCUACGAUCACAAAGCAGAUUUAUGGUCUCUUGGUUGUAUAGUUUAUGAAUUAGUUGUCGGAGCCCCGCCUUUUCAAACCACCUCGAUUCUCCACUUGAUCAAACUCAUCAGAUUCGAGGCGGUCAAAUGGCCAGACAACAUAUCAGCAGUUUGCAGAAGUUUCCUGCAAGGAUUACUGCAAAAAGACCCAUCUCGGAGACUCACUUGGCCAGAACUUUUGGAACAUCCUUUCGUCAAAGAUAGAAUUCUGACGGUUGAGAAACCCGUCCCAACUUCUCUUACGUCUCCACUCUCUGCGAGUCAGGAGAAAGCCAAACAGCAACAAUUUCAAACUCUGGCUAUGCAAUCUUCGAACAAAUCAAACGAAAUUCUGCAAAAAGCUGUCAUGAAGAUUCAAGAACAGGAGAGAAUAAUGAAGGAACAACAAAAGCGCUGUAUGUCGCAACCGCGUUAUCCCGCGAUGUUUAAUUACUACCACUACGAAUUAAAUCGGCAGUGCCGCUCAAUCCGCAGCGAGCCUGCCGGAACAGAUUCAAGUGCGAGUGUCGACGUCCUUCUCGGAAAUUUAAGCAUCCGCGCAUCUCUUCAAAGUGACCUUCUCGCGGUUGAGGACUCCUCCCAAGUUGUCUCUGCAAAUCCCCAAUCAGCAGCCCCUCCACUUUCAAAAUCUCUCAAUCCAAAAACAGAACAGCAACUUGAUUCGAAACAUAUUCCCAAAAUUGCCUCAACAAGUCCAAUCUCAAAUCCGAAAUGCGAGAACUCGAAUGAUCAGAAUCUCGAGAGCUCUGCGGAAACGGAUCUUCAAGGAGGAGUUCAAAAAGAGAGUCGUUUGAGUCUAGAUUACGAUCAGGAGUUCAAUCGAGAAAAUAUAAUUGAUAAACACGUCCGAUUGCCGGAUUGGGAUCCGAGAACGGUUGAGCAACCAAUCGAGAAUGACGAGUGGGUCGCUUUUCUUCAGAAAUCAAUGGAGGAAGUGAUGGAGGGCGAAGUUGGAUCCUUAAUUCAACAGAAUUGUGUCUCCGUUUUUGUUUCGCCGUUGAAAAAUCGCGCAGCCGGAUCUCAAGUAAUAGAAUAUGUCGCUUGUCUUCUGGCACUUCCGUUUGUCGUGCAGACUUCCGCGAAGAAUAUGGAGAAAAUUAAGAAGGUUUAUUUGGAUGUGAGACUUAUUCCGAAUCUCGUUUAUGCUAUAAAAUUGCUGAUGGAACAGGAGCACGAUAAUGAAGCGGCUGAUAAAACAGAAACACGAUCUGCCGCGACUCUUUCGGCUGAGGAACUUCAGGCUGUUGAGUGUGCAAUUCUACUUUUGUGCAGACUGGUCUAUAUUCAGGAACAAUUUCUGACGCAGUUUUGCGACGCAGUUUAUAUUGUCAGCGGGAUUCCGAUUCUGCAGCAGCUUUUGACUCUGGAGAAACGAAAACCGAUGGUGGUGGCUUAUCUGGUGGCGAUUUUGAAUAAUGUUUUGAGAUCGCAGCCGGAAAAUGCGGAACUGGUGGAGAAAGUCGUUUUGAGAGGGAAAAGUACGGAGGCGAUAGAAAGGGUAGAAUUGCUUGAAAAAUUGUUGGCCCAUCGACAAAGUAUUCUGAAAGCAAGGACUUGUACUUUAAUUAGACUUUUGGGAAGAUUUAGCUGCAGGGCUUUGCAACACGUCUGGGGAAAAAGGCUGAAAAAUGUUUUAGAAAAUUUAACUACUGAUGGCGACUCUGCUGUGAGAAGUGCAGCUGAAGAUGCGGUUAAAGAAUUGAAACAACUGCCUUAUUAUGAGCAACAAACUCCAGUGGAGUAAGACUGAAACAUAAAAUUAUACUAUUACAAAAUAGUAUUGUAUAUUAUAUUAUCGAUUAUAUAAUUUUAAAUUUAAAAACAAAUAUUUUUAUAUUGAAAGACUGCAUUUCUACGAAUAUAGAAUUUUUUAAGGAUAGAAUAGAAAAAAUAGAAUAGGAUAGAAUUUUAAUCUUGUAACAUUUUUAACGCAGAUUUUUUCAGGAAAGGAAUAAAACAGUAAGAUUGCGGACUUAUUUAUUAAUAU